GGCUGGGGGUGCGGUGUCGGAGGGUAAUUGCGGGGCGCAGAUCGUACCAUCUGCGCCGGGCUCCCCUCGCCGUGCACUGCGGAGAAUCCGUGCACGGCAAUAGCAGCCAGAUAAUAACAAUAUUAUUAGAGCCGGGAACCGAUAUAUUAUAGACACAUUAAAAAAGCCCCAGCAUGUCGGUUGCCUUUGCUUCUGCUCGCCCAAGAGGCAAAGGGGAGGUCACCCAGCAAACUAUCCAGAAGAUGCUAGAUGAAAAUCAUCACCUAAUACAAUGUAUUAUGGAUUAUCAGAGCAAGGGGAAAACUGCAGAAUGUACUCAAUACCAACAAAUCUUGCACAGAAACCUGGUUUACUUGGCAACAAUAGCAGAUUCUAACCAGAAUAUGCAGUCCUUGCUUCCUGCUCCACCAACGCAAAACAUAAACUUGGGCCCAGGAGGAAUGACUCAGAGUGCAUCCAACCAAUCUCUCCACUCACAGAGCAAUCUCAGUGAUGCGAUUGGGACGGGGCUGCCUCCUUCCUCCCUCAUGCAGAGUCAGAUUAGCAAUGGUCCUAAUCAUGUGUCUAUGCAGCAGUCAGGCCAGAACACUAUGCCCACGACUUCUCUGAGUAUGACUGUCAGCAGUCAUGGAACGGGGCCUGGUUAUAGCCAUACAGUGCCUGCAUCUCAGAAUGUGCCAAUGCAAGGCCAGGGGUCAAUAGGCAAUUAUGUCUCUCGAACAAACAUCAACAUGCAGUCCAAUCCAGUCUCCAUGAUGCACCAGCAAGCAGCGACGUCACAUUACAACUCGGCACAAGGCGGCAGCCAGCACUACCAGGGCCAGUCCUCCAUUGCCAUGAUGAGUCAGAGCAACCAAGGCAACAGCAUGAUGGGACAGCGACCAAUGGGUCCUUACAGAGCUUCACAGCAAGGUUCCUCACAGCAGUACAUGGGUCAGGAAGAAUAUUACAGUGAACAGUACAGUCAUGGGCAAGGAUCCUCAGAACCCAUGAAUCAGCAAUACUACCCAGAUGGACAUGGUGAUUAUGCCUAUCAGCAGUCAUCCUAUACUGAGCAGAGCUAUGACAGGUCAUUUGACGACUCUACACAACACUAUUAUGAAGGAGGAAAUUCCCAGUACAGCCAGCAACAGGCAGGAUACCAACAGGGAGCUGCACAACAGCAAACAUACUCCCAGCAGCAAUACCCCAAUCAACAAAGUUACCCAGGACAACAGCAAGGAUAUGGUCCUGCACAAGGAGCCUCUUCACAGUAUUCCAGCUACCAACAGGGGCAGGGGCAGCAAUAUGGAAGUUACAGAGCUUCUCAGACGGGCCCAUCCGCUCAGCAACAGAGGCCUUAUGGCUAUGAGCAGGGACAAUAUGGAAAUUACCAGCAAUAAAAGAAUACUAUCCUGUGUCAGAUACACUUCAAUAGUAUCUCCAUCUUUUGAACUGGAUGUACAGGCAGUUUUGAUUAAUUGUAAUAUGUUGGUUACCCCUUAGCACAAAGCAGCGUCUGUAUGUGAACAGUGUUCAUUUCAUGCUGGAUAUGAAGCAGUGCACUACUGGUAACAAGACAAUGCUUUAAUGGUUUGAUAUUUGGUGCUGUGUAUAGUAUUGUAUGUUGAUACAAUGCAGAAGUUUUUCAUUUACCCCUCUUCCUUGCCCCAUUUGUGAUGUUUCUAAAUAGCUUUAGGACCAUUUGAUUGCAGUUGUGCCCCAUCUAGAAAGCAGCCAGGUUAUUCUGCAGUCUGGCUCAACACAUAUAUCAAGUUCAGGGACACGUCCCAGGGUAGGUUAUUGACCUUUCUGAAGAUUACUUGCCAGCCUCUGAAAUCCACAACUCUUAACUUUAUAUCUUAAGAAUAAGGGGAUGGAUGCAUUUCUGACCUGAAGACACCUCUAUGCUAUAUGUGAAAAUUACCUGCAACCUUGGCACUACCUACCAGGGCUAACUACCCAAGUCUUACAAGUCAAUAAUCUGCAUAAAUCCAUGCUUCUGUUGUAAAAAGUAUAGAAAGAUGAUGAAAAACUGUAUUCAUGGUUAAUCACUAGAGGCACCUUUUAUAUGGCCAUGGAAAGGAAGGUAUUUCUGUUGUGGAAAGAAAAACAGAAGGGAGCUCUGAUACCUGCAGUGUCAGCCUGCUAGACAUAAAUAUUGCUUCAUAUUGUGCUUAGCUGAGAAAAAACACAUGGCAAAACUUCAGUCUUAAGUACACAACUACAAAUUUUAUAACAGGCAUAUAUAUAUAUUUUUAUGCCAAAUUUUACAGAGAGGUCACUGGCAUCCUUCUUUAUUUCUGAUUCUUCCAAUGCCUUUGCUCAGAUUUUCCAGCAAGUAUUAUAAUCACAAAUAUUGUCAGAUUUGUUUGGUCUAUUGUUCAUCAUCACUUUUAUUUUUCUCUUGUUGCUUGACAGAAAUAGUUCAGAAGUCAAAGAAAAAAAAUCAAUUUUUUUAAUGGCAGAUAAACAGCUACAUUCAGCUUUAAUUGUGAAACAAUAUGCACAGAGAGGGGAACUGUUACUGGGGUCAACCAGUGAGAGAAUAAUUACAGAGGGAGAAUUUAGAAAUAAAGCCUAGUGGUAUGUAAAAGCCUGUAUGAACAAUGUCAGUCACUUCUAUUCAGUUUUCUAUAACCCUAUAAAGUGUUGGAAAAAAGCACUUAUAAAGUGCUUAUCUAAGUGUUGAACAAAGUACCAAGCCCAACCUUCUCAGAGGCAAAAGACUAGGAUGACUAUACUCCAUGAGCAUUUUUUACUAUGAGGUUAACUGCAAAUUUACACUGGAGAGGAAGGAAAUCUUCUGUAGGAUUUUCUCCUUUUCUUUCUUCAAACUCAAAUCUCUUUAUGAGAUUUCCAGUUCUAGUACUUUAUAGGUAUUCAAGAAAAGACUGGAUGGGGCACUUAGUGCCAUGGUCUAGUUGACUGGUUAGGGCUGGGUGCUAGAUUGGACUGGAUGAGCUUGGAGGUCUCUUCCAACCUGGUUGAUUCUAUGAUAAUUUGAAGAGCCAAGACCACAAGUUAAACACAAGAUCUCUCAGUUCUUUCCCUUUUUUCCUCUAGAGGAAAGUCUUUAACUGGAAGGCUGAAGAAUUUGCUAUUAAAUGUUGUCCAAGCACUGCCCCUCUUACAUUAAUAAUUCUAAUUACUGAUAUGAAGACAUUUUUCUCAAGCAGUUCUCAUUUAUCUCAUCUUUUCUGCUGGUAUUUUCAUGCAAAUAAGUUCUCUCAAAUAGCAAGGAAGGGAAAAGAAGUAAGAUUGUUUCCUUUAUAAUAUAAUUAAUACUACAGGUAGCCAGAAGAAUGCAAUAUUGCUCUCUGCCAGCUUGGAAAUAUGCCUUUUAUGUGUUUUUUGAAAGUGCUGAAAUACUUUUGAGAGAAUAUGAGCAACACUUAAAAUGAUACAGCAACAUCACAUCAACCUGAAAUGUCUUACAUUAAGAACUUCUUGAAUGUUGUGUAUAUAAUGUAUUUGAAAGAGCACUUUGGAAAUAGUUUGUACAUUUAUUUCCUAAUUUAUACAUGAUUUUUGGUGUUAAUAUUUCUAAUUGUUCAAUAACAAAAUGUUUAUUUAAUGUGUUGUCCAUUUUUAUGUAUUGAUGUGGAAACAAAGUGAUCCCAGCAUUUUGACUU